AUGUUCAUUGGGGACGGGACCAACGACGCAGUGGCUCUUGCGCAAGCCACGAUUGGAGUACACAUGUCGAGCGGUACAGAUAUUGCGCAAUCGGCUGCAGACAUCGUCUUGGUGCGUUCUGAUCUAAUGGAGUUUUAUUUACAACCUGAUUGCAGUGUUGCUUGGUGCAGGCGCGUUCGUAAGUCUACGCAUCCCACCAGAGUUUGCCGGACUGGGCGAACUAGUCAGCGUAUUGCCCGUCAUUAUUGCGGCGGUUCUCCUGAGGGGGUCGAGGUUCUGAAGAUGUGA